UGUUCUCACCGUAAGAGCUAGGGCCCCUAGUUCAUCAUGGAUGGCUGUGACCUUGACACCGCCAUGUGCUUGACCGAAAAAAACAGAGGCGAUCGGAUUUCCUCCUGUUCUUCAAGAUACACGAUUACGAGUUGAUUCAGGGGCUGAUACCAGGAAGUCAUGACGACGCUCAACAAAAAUAGACUCAGUAUCAUAUCUUGAACAGAAACAAAAUCUGCCAAUCAAUCUGUGGCUGUAUGUCUAUCACGAUGCACCUUUGUGUUAUCUUGAAACUUUGUCUUUGGUUGUCAAUGUCAGGACUGCCAUGAACCCAAAUAUGAGAUAACAACUAGAGGUUGCCGGGAUACGAUAUCAGUCCGUCGAUGUCGAACAGCUACGGAGCUGCAGUCUAUCAAUCUCUGAACAUCUUCUGGAGGGCUUAUCUUGUGUUGGUGGAGGACAUCGAUGGACCUAAUUGCAGGCUAAGUUGAAGCCUGUGAUUGCUUCAGUAGGGAUCGUAACAACCAAGAACUUAUUGCCGUCAAUGAUCAUGGCAGGCCGACAUAUGACAUUCAUCGGACAUAUGGCAGCUCACUUGAUCUCGGUCCAUACCUAGUCCCUGGAGUCUAGGACCUCGGCUUCUAGCCGAAGGUCCAGGAAGAACGGUUCAAGAAGAAGAACAUGACGGACAUGAUGUCCGAUUCGGAAGAUAAAGUACGGAAGAGUCAUAUCUGAAGCUCAUGAGCUGUGCACAGCAUGAUGGCACUGGACCCCACAGGGUAUGAUGAAAGUAUCCGAGGGUUGAUCAAGACCUGGCAGCUUGGGCUACCCAUGCGACGUCGGUUGAUUGAUUGAUUAGAUUCAAACUUUGCUCCUUGCAUCUGCUUUGCAUAGGCGAAACUCUGUACAGAUCUGAUGAAAACGACAAGAACUACAUCCUUCAAGUGAAGAUAUGAUGAUAUUAGUUUCAUGGAACUGUUGACUCUGGUUCCUGAUUAUUUGCAGGAUCUGUGAUUCUACAUUUUCUCCUCCAAUCGAGGCUACAUGCCAGAUCGUCAAUGGCGUCACUGAAGAACCCCAGAAAUGCCCCGCCAUCGUCAGGUACAGCAUCUAAAUUUGGACAUCGACGGCUCAUGAUAUGCGCCUUUUUGUGUACAAGAGUGGAAGAAUAUGACUUCUAAGUAGAGAAAACUCCAAAGAAUCUAGUUUUUUCACCCUUUCAUUGAAAAUCAGUGUCUCUUUCGGUUUCAAAAGGAGAAUAUACUGUUGCUUAUCAAUUUUUGAUUCUGCUAUUGCCCCUCCCACCGCUUCAACUAACUUAACUCUUGCAAUAUCGCUUGGAGGAAAUACACAACAACAGACCUUUCCAGGACAAAUCUUCAGGUUUCUCAAGAUGGCAGACUCAGAAUCUCGGAAACGAGCUGUCGACUCGCUCAAAGUCUGGACGAGUCUCAUCACGAACCUAGACUACUUGCCUGGUCUUCUCACCCUCGAACAUUCUCUCCGCGCGGCCAAAUCUCAGUACCCUCUUGUGGCAUUAUAUACCGAUUCAUUCCCCCCCGAAGGUCACGCAGCUCUCCGUGCUCGUGGCAUUGCCUCCCAGCACAUUCCAUACUUGCUACCAACUGAAGGCAAGGAUUACUCCAACGACCCGCGGUUCUACGAUUGUUGGAGCAAGCUCGCGCCUUUCUCCUUAACCGAAUAUGAGCGCGUCGUCCAGCUCGACUCGGACAUGCUUGUUUUGCGCAAUAUGGACGAGCUGAUGGAUUUCGAGCUGGACCUUCCCUCGAUUGCUGAGACUGGUGAUAAGACCGUCAGUAAGCGUGUCUUUGCAGCCGGUCAUGCCUGCGUAUGUAAUCCCCUCAAGAAGCCUCACUAUCCAAAGGACUGGAUUCCUGAGAAUUGUGCAUUUACCUCACAACACUCGAAUCCCGAUACCGCGCAAGCUGAGGCUGCUGAUCCGUCAGUCGGACCCUUGGGCUUUAUGAAUGGUGGCUUGCAGGUUGUCAAUCCUUCUCAGGGCCUCUAUGCGCAGAUUUUGGCGCAUAUGGAGGCCGACGCCGCCAACAUGGAUUUUGCAGACCAGUCACUUCUCUCGGACUUGUAUCGUGAGCGAUGGGUUCCUUUGCCGUACAUUUAUAACGCGCUCAAGACGCUACGGUGGAGAGGAGUCCAUGAUGCUAUUUGGAGGGACGAGAGCGUCAAGAACAUUCACUACAUCUUGAGUCCUAAACCUUGGGAUGAGAUUAAUGAGAAGGGUGAGUGGACGGGUAAGGACCAGAGUCACAAGUGGUGGGUUGAUGCGAACCGUGUCAGAAAAGAGUUGGAGAAAGAGAAGGGAGUCCCUGACGAUGGCUUUUAAGGAGUUUGGGGCAGCGAUAGUAUUAUGAGCACGGCGUUUGUGGCUAGAUAGUAGUUCAUGCGAAUGAACUGGAGGUUUCAGAGGUGUUGGAUGCAGAAUAUAAACAGCAGGCUUUGGGUAAUCCACUCUUUCAUUCUGUUACAGGUAUCUAUAGUAUCAGACCCAGUCCCAACAAUAGGAAACAUCCAUAAGACAAAGAACCCUCCCACCA